AUGACCAAGAAGGUUCUUAUUGUACUCACCUCUUGUGGCACAAUCCCAAAGAGCGGCAAGCCCACUGGCUGGUAUCUGCCCGAGCUCGCUCAUCCAUAUGAUGUUCUAAGAGAUGCUGGAGUGGAGCUGGUCUUCGCGUCCCCUGAGGGCGGGAUUGCACCCCUUGAUCCAGCUUCCGUCAAGGUAUUCGGCAACGAUCCAUCAUCUCAGAAUUUCCUGAAGAAUCAUCAACACACUUGGGAAAACACUGAACGCCUUACCAUGUAUGCUGGUAGGGCAUCUGAAUUCGACGCCAUUUUCUUCCCAGGUGGACAUGGUCCGAUGUUCGAUCUGGCUUUCGACCAAGGGAGUCUGAAACUCGUCGCCGACUUUGCCGCACAGAACAAACCUAUUGCUGCUGUAUGUCAUGGGCCUGGAGCUAUCGUGAACGUCAAGAAUCACGACGGCAGCUAUUUGCUCGAGGGAAGACACGUGACCGGGUUUAGCAAUAUUGAGGAGGGCAAGGCUGGAUAUACUUCAGAGAUGAACUUUUUACUUGAGGAUCGUAUCAAGGAGGUGGGCGGCAAAUAUGCCACCGCUGAUGCUCCUUUCGGAGAGAUGGUAGUCACUGAUGGCAUUAUAAUUACUGGUCAGAAUCCAGCGUCUGCCUACGGCGUUGGACAGGCUAUUGUUAGAGCCUUGGGUCUUUAG